AAAGUGAAAGUGAAAGUCAGAGAGAAGAGAAGAGGAGAAUCUCAAUCACCUCUUUGAACACUGAUAGACAGGACUCCUCUCUCACGUUAACUCUUGGUAAGAAAGGAAAGAUCCCACAGCUCUCUCUAUCAUCAUCAUAAUCACUUUCACUUGGAAAACAGAAAGUGAACAUACACGGAGAGAGAGAGAGAGAGAGAGACAGAGAGACAGAGAUUUGAAACAACACAGAGCUAAAAGUAGAAAUCAAUGAUUUUGUUGCAGUCCCAUUCCAGAUUUCUCCUUCAAACAUUAUUAAAUCGUGUCCAAAAUCUUGAAAAGGCAGUUGAAUUGGAUUACCACUGGGUGGAGUUUGAUGAUGUUCGUUACCAUAUUCUGGUGUCAAUGAAGAAUCCAAAUGUCUUGCUGUUAUCCGUUUCGUUACCAAUCCCACCUCCAGAAGCUGUUUUCAUUGGUGGACUUCCGUUUGGAGCCAUAGAAGCUUUAAAGGCUGCUUAUGGUGUGGUUGUGCAGAUUCUUGAUCCUCCCCGAGAUGGCUUUAACCUCACUUUGAAACUCAAUUUGGGGAAACUUCCACUUGAUGAAGAGCACAGGUAUGCUCUCUUGGUAAAGAUUGCAUCUGUUAGGGAAGUGGUGCUAGGUGCUCCAUUAAGAGUAGUUUUAAAACAUCUUUCAUCAAGGACUGUUAUUCCUGGUAUGGAUGGGCUUCUGGCCCUCGUGCAUCGGUCCAAAGAGUCUUUCUUCCUUGUUCCUCAGCCAGACAAGGUUACUGUGGUAUUUCCCAUGAGAUUCAAGGACUCCAUAGAUAUUGCUUUUGCUACUUCCUUCCUUCAGGAAUUUGUCGAAGCCAGGCAUACAGCUGGACUUAAUAAUGCUCCUCCUUGCUUGUGGUCUCCUAACCCACCUCUUGAAUUGAAGGAAGCCCCUGCUGAAGCAUUGUCUGCAAAUGCAGGAUUUGUUUCUUUUGUCAUUUUUCCUCGUCAUGUGGAAGGCAAAAAGUUGGACCGAACAGUGUGGAAUUUAUCAACAUUUCAUGCAUAUGUUAGUUAUCAUGUUAAGUGCUCGGAGGGUUUUAUGCAUACUCGCAUGCGAAGACGUGUAGAAUCUAUGAUUCAGGGCUGUACUGCUGUACUUGAUCUUAAACUCAUAAAAUCCAUUAUUGACUCCCGCAGUUGGAAUGGCUGUUUGGUUGGUGACAGUGACAGGAAUAUAUUGCCAUUACAGGCAACUCAAGGCCUUGGAUCGUGCAAAACCAGGUGUAGAGGAGAAAAAGAAAUCACCAAAUAGCAGAUCUUUUAAACGUCUGAGCCUCAAGGAAGCUCGAGCUAAUUCAAUUUCCUAGAUGUGGAAUUCUUGAGGCUCCUAUCGAACAUAUGAAGAUGCUUGUUAAAGAACUUGCCGGAAUCAAUUCAAGGGAGGCUUGUCCGCUUGUGACGACUGCUCGCAUCCUUCUCUAGAAGGGGAAGGAAGUAAAAGGAAAAUGAAGGGAGAAAAGCACCAUGUUUAGGUGCCAAUGUGUACACUUUUGAUAUUUGUUGGCUCCCUUGGAACCAGAAGAUUCUAUGAUUUAAAUAUCAAUAUUUUUUCGAUCUA